AUGAGUGAAGAAACGAAUUUAGAAGAAAUAAAGGAUGUGAAAAUUUGUGAGGAUAGUGAGCCAAUCGUUGAUUCCGACCUGAAUAAAAAAAAUCACGUAGAGGUGAACUCUGAUAAAGGUGUUGAACAAAAAGAUGGUGAUGUUGACUAUUCCGUUCAAAACUCAACUGACGGCGAACAUUUAGAAAGUCCUGCUAAAACAGCCGAGGAUGAAUCCGAAGAUAAACUUUCACCUUCUGAGAACUUUGAAGAGGCGGAAGAACUGAAAGAAGAAAAUGAAAAAGAACGUCAACUUUCAAUUGAAGAUAAAUCGCAACAGUCGAAUUGGUCUUAUUCUCAGUGGUCUGAAAACUAUGAAAGUAUUGAAGAUGAAAGACCAGUUGAGGAUUUCAGUGGUGAUCCUAAAAAAGAAAUAUUGUGGGCUGCCGAAAAAAAUGAGCUAGAAACUCUGCGAAGGUUACUUGAAGAAGACUCCGAUCUAGUUAAUGUGAGAGACAAUGAUUUAUACACGCCUCUACACAGAGCUUGUUACAGCAACAAUGUCGAUGUCAUUAAAGUGCUGUUGUCUUAUGACGCCGACAUCAGUGCCAAAACUGUCGAUGGCUGGGAGCCCUUGCAUUGUGCUUGCAAAUGGGACAGUGUGGAAGCAGUGUCUCUGCUGUUGCAGAAUGGAGCCGAUGUCAAUGCACAAACGAAAGGACACAUAACACCUCUGCACCUUGCUGCCUCUAAUGUCGCAGGGAGGAGGACUCUCGAACUCUUGCUUUGGCAGCCUUUCAUUGAUCCUAAUAUCAAAAAUGAUGCCGGUGAUACCGCCUACGACAUUGCCUGUCGUACCGGCCCGUUGGGUGCCUUGUUUGAAAUUCUAGAAGAGUCGCUUAAUGUAUAUUGA